AUGAACGGACUUGACCCUGAUAGAUUUGGCGACAACGAAAUUGCAAAUGAAAACUUGCAACACUAUUUUAAUGGUAUUUGCCAUUUCUUUUGCGCAACUCUCAUCCCAACCCACCGGAAGUAUGAUGAGAACUUUAAGCCAACAGAUCCCAAUUGGAAAGAGUUCCUAAAGACAGGUUCCUUGAAACAGUAUAUUGGCCAACACUUUUUGGAUUGCCGCCUCCAGCAUAAGAAUCAUCCUCAUUUUAUUGAUAGGGCUGAUGACUGGUUUCCUGAAUGGUACACAAAGCUUGUGGCUGGUUUUGAGACCGAGUGUGCUAGGUUUCAAUUAAAAAAUGGCCCGGAAAGCAAUGGUCUUGGAACAACAGAUACCAUGCCAUUGUAUCCAGAAACACGGACUAGCUGCAAUGAUGGCAAAGAAAUUGCUGACUAUAUAUCAGCAAUCAGUUUGACAUCUAUCUUGAAAAAUAUCCUUAAGAGUGGGCAUUCUUCAGGUAUAAGUGCUGAACUUGGCCCACAUCAAAAGCGUGCAUUGGUUCUUAUGACUUGGUCAGCGGUUGGAAGGGGGGGUGAGGUCAAGUUUCAGAGCUUCAACGAGUGGAACUUUGAUACUGGAUAUGAGGUGUUAGAUAUUAAAUGGACAGAGAUAAAAACGCUCAAGAAGUACUCUCUCCUUAUGGUUCCAGACACACGAUGGCUAUUUGACUUCUAUCAUUGCAUUGGCUGCUAUUUUGCAAUUGAGAAUGGACUCUACCGAAGUGAAAUUGCAAAAAAGAAAGGACACUUGAAUGUUAUGUUUCCUGUUCUAUAUAGCAUCAUGGACUCCCAAGUGGCAAAAAAGAUUGGUCAAAUCCUUAAAAAUCAUCUGCCAAAAGGAACUCCCAAAGAAGUAAAGAACAAAAUCUCUGUAAAGUCACUUCGCUGUGGUGGCAUCACUUUGCUUUCAAGACACCAUGAGAUAUCAGACCCAAGACUCUGCAGCCGGUCAGGACAUUCUAGCGGGAGAAACAGUGAUAGCUACUUGGACAGCAGCGACCUUCUGCUAAGGCUCCCUGGAGCUAUGGCAAUGCAUGGAUACAAGUCUUUGGAUUCCAAGAUAUCGGUGUACUCACUCAAGAUGCUCCCAAUGGAUGCAGUUAAACGGUUCAUUGAUGAAAUUUUCCAUAUCUCAGUUCCAGCUUUUCAGCCAAAAGGAAAACUGUAUGUAGUGACACGCAUUUGUGCUGCUUCCCUGAUAGCUCACCAUAGGCAAGUCACAGCAGAUCUUGGAGCAGGAAACACUAUCUCUAAGUUCCUCUUGGCGGCUGCUCGAAAAGCCAAGAUAGCAGAUGCAAGGUACCCCAAUAUCAAUCCAGAGUUACUACUAGAGAAGUGGUCGGAAGAAGUAUUGGAAAGCUAUGUAGAGUCCAAUGUGGAUUUCACAAAAUCCUCUCCUUGUGCUGUUGGUACUGCACACGCACUGGAUGAGGUGAAGACUAUGUUCCUGGAGGGAGAAUUGAAGCAAACGCGAAUAGACAACGCACGGAAGACGGCUGAAAACUCAGUUCUGUCAGAGCGACUUGGUCAUCUUGAGACGCAGCUAAGAGCCUCUCAUAUAGAGCAUCUAAAAACUCAGAAGAAGCUAGCAUUCAUCAAGACGCCUGAUCAUGAUAUUGCUGAUAAGAAGAGGAAAAAUGAAGACUUUGAAAUACUAGAUUCUUGUGCACCAUCCUCGCCAAAGAGACUACAUUUUUCAGACAUGAGCAUGGAUGUUUUGGCAGCAUUCACUAGUCCAUCACACACACACCCUCUUGCACUACCAACAACACCACAACAAACAGCCAAGAGAUCUAUCACAACAUCUAUCUCUAGUGGGAAGAAACUUGGAGAUGCAGGAGUGACAGUUAGGGUUAGAUAA